CUGAAAUUUGAUUUUAAACCUUAUAUUGCUCUUACAAAGUACGAGAAAAUGAAGAAACAGAAUACAGCAGCCACUGGUUUUCCAGAACCCACUGCUCGAAUAACACGAGCUCAGGCUGCAGCUUAUCAGGCAGCUGGUGGAACACUUCCCAUACAUCCAUCUGUGAAACAUAACGAGAAACGGGUUCUGCGAGAAACUUCAAAAAUAGCAGUCUUGGAUGAGAAUAGUUCCUCAGCUCCAGUUGAUGCAGGUCUUCGACAUAAAAGGAGGGCAGUGCUAAAGGAUUCAACCAAUCUGUGCUGUGAAGAUUUAUAUACCAAUUGCAUUAAUGCUUCAAAGCUUCAGACCAAAAACUCCAAGAAAGCUAAAAGAGGUCAUGUGAAGGAGUCCAAGGUGGCACCUACCAAUCCUGUAGGAGUUCCAGAGGUUCAAGAGGAUGUAAAUUCAAUGAAUGCUGAAAAAAUAGAGAAGUCAGAGAAGCUUGAACCACAACAAGUUGCAUGCUCAAUGGAAGGAAAAAGCCGUUUUCCAAUCCAAAUAAGUAUGGAAAGUAUGAAGAUACAAUCAGUUGGUUGUGAUCCUCAGGCCAAGAUACAGAUUUAUAGAAAGCCUUCUCAAUUCUUAAUUCCUUUAAAGAAAGAUAAGUCUAAUCUUUGUGAGAAUUUGGGAGUUUCAAGUGGUUUAGACAUUUCAGAUAUUGAUUCUGAUGACAAAGAUCCGCAAAUGUGCUGUCUCUAUGCAACUGAUAUCUAUAACAAUUUACGUGCCGCAGAGAUUGUUCGAAGACCUAGCUAUAAUUUUAUGGAAACACUACAGCAAGAUAUCACACAGGGCAUGCGAGGGAUCCUCGUUGAUUGGCUUGUGGAGGUUACUGAGGAGUAUAAGCUGGUUCCAGAUACACUUUACCUUACAGUGUAUUUCAUUGAUCGGUUUCUUUCUUCAAACUACAUGGAAAGACGAAGACUUCAACUGCUUGGCAUUACGUGCAUGCUAAUUGCCUCGAAAUAUGAAGAAAUUUGUGCACCCUGUGUGGAGGAGUUUUGCUUCAUCACUGAUAACACAUACACAAAAGGAGAGGUUCUGGAAAUGGAAGUUCAGGUACUAAAUUAUUUAGGUUUUCAGCUUUCAGCACCUACUGCAAAAACAUUUCUCAGGAGAUUCCUCCGAGCAGCACAAGCUUCUUACAAGGUUCCUAGCCUUGAAUUGGAGUUUUUGGCCAACUAUCUAGCAGAACUCACUCUCAUUGAUUACACAUUCCUGAAAUUCCUUCCUUCCUUAGUUGCUGCAUCUGCAGUAUUCCUUGCUAGAUGGACACUAGAUCAGUCAUGCCAUCCAUGGAAUCCAACUCUGGAGCAUUACACCACCUACAAGGCAUCUGAUCUUAAACUUACAGUUCUUUCACUACAAGAUCUGCAAAUGAAUGCUAAUAGUUGUCCUCUGAAUGCUAUACGUCAAAAAUAUAAGCAACAUCAGCUCAAGUGCGUCGCAACUUUGACAUCCCCAAAACCAAAUCAAAUGCUCUUCCAAACAUGAUAGUGCUAAUUCCUUGCUUCUCUUUGCUGUUAACUUAUGGUUAUCAGCUGGAAGACUUAAAAGAUAUUGGUAUAUCUCUAAGUGAAUCCAAUUUUUAGAUCUCCUCUAUCUAACUCUGUUCUUUAUUUUCUCUGCUUAUUGUUGUUGUAGCCUGCCCUUGUAACUUGGAAAUUUUGGGAGCACUGAACAC